AUGGCGAAGAAUUCAGCAGACUUUUGGCUGGAAGGACUUGUACCAGCUGUAUUCACUCCCUUUGAUCAGAAUGGGGAGCUUGAGUUAUCCAAAAUUGGUCCAUAUUGUGAAUACUUGUUGAAGAACAAUCUUAAAGCCAUAUAUGUGAAUGGAACUACGGGUGAAGGAAAAUCAUUAACAAAGGAUGAAAGGAAAAGAAUUCUAGAGGAGUGGAUUCGGGUUUCUAGGAGGAGGAUUAAAAUUGUUGCUCAUGUUGGUGUCCUCAACGUCAGAGAAAGCAAAGAACUAGCCAAGCAUGCAGAGGAAGCCGGCGCUGAUGCAUUAGCAUCACUUCCACCACUGUUCUUCAAACCUCAAAGUACAGACACUCUGAUAGAACACUGCAAAGCCAUAGCGGAUGUUGCGCCCCAUCUUCCGUUUUAUUACUAUCAUCUACCUAUCAUGACUGGAGUCGAGUUUAAUAUGGAAGACUUCAUACGUAGAGCAAAAGAGAAAAUACCGAAUUUAGCUGGGAUCAAGUUUUCAUCUAAAGAUUUGGUCGACAUGAUAGGUUGUGUGUUCCAAGAAAAGGUUAACGUUGUAUAUGGGUGCGACGAGCAACUUUUGGCGGGAUUGGUGACGGGAGCUCAUGGGGCCGUCGGUAGUACUCACAACUUCAUGCCACUGGUGUUUCAAAGAAUGAUAGAAUAUAUCAAAAAUGGUGAACUACAAAAAGCACGGGAGGAACAAAUGCGUGCUCAGCGGCUCUGUAGGGUCAUGUACAAAUAUGGUUCUUUGUUGGGAGGAAAUGUAGCAGCUUUGAAAUCUUUCAUGCCACUUGUAGGGCUUGAUUUGGGACCUCCACGCGAACCAAUGAGAGCUAUGACAGACAACGAAGCAAAGCAGUUCAGGAAAGAAAUUGAAGAUUUGGGGUUCUUUUCCUGGAACGCUGCAGUUAUUUCAUAAUUCAAAAUUUCUGCAUAGAAUAUAAUUAUAUAUAUUUAUACAUACCUCAAUA